CCAAUCGGCAGUCUUUAUUAAUCCCAAGCAGGAAGCGACCAGACACACACGUUGCUGAGCUGGGAAAUGUUUGUUGCUACGAGGAGCCGCCUACCCGUCGAAACUGUCCGAGAAAAGCGUCUAACUAGUUGUCAUUUCGCUGUGGAAUCGGCCACUUAUGAUGGCGAGCUAAGCCCGAGCCUGAACCCGGUUAAAUGCUGGAGCCUUCCGAAGGACAUUUCCCAUCCUGUACCCUGUCCAUGCUGAUGCUGCAUCAUCAAUGGGCCGCGCAGGAUGUGAAGCCUCGCAAGCAGAAGCAGGAGGAUGGCUCAACCACCAGGCUCGUCCGCGGCGCUGCCGCUGCUCCUGCUGGGCUUCGUCUCCUCUGUCCGAGCCGACACGGUGCUGUCAGCUCCACUUAAUGUGACCAUCAGAGAGCUGGGGGUCAACUCUGCAGUGGUGACGUGGGAAAUCUUAGAGGGGGACCCGGUCAUUGGGUUUGCUAUCACCCAACAGAAGAAGGAUGUCCACAUGCUGAGGUUCAUCCAGGAGGUGAACACCACCACGCGCUCCUGUGCAUUGUGGGAUCUGGAUGAAGACACAGAGUAUAUUGUGCACGUUCAAAGCAUUAGCAUGGGUGGGAGCAGCCCCCCAAGUCAGCCCGUGCUCUUCAGGACACCCAAAGAGUCCGAGAAGAUGGCAGCCAAAAGUCCUGACGAGGUGACGAUGGAGGAGGUCGGUCAGGCGGCCCAGCUGAGGGCCGGAGAGCUCAUCAUCAUUGUGGUGGUGCUCGUCAUGUGGGCAGGAGUGAUCGUCUUGUUUUGUCGUCAGUAUGACAUCAUCAAAGACAAUGAGCCCAACAACAACAAGGACAAAGCCAAGAACUCGUCCGAGUGCAGUACUCCUGAGCAUCCACAGGGGGGACUACUGCGCAGCAACGUCUAAGACUGAACCUGCAUCGCCUUCUGCAAUAAUCAACCUAAGACCUCAGGGCAGAGCCUGAGACCAACAGGAAGCCAUCCUCCAAACCAAAAGGGAAGAAGAGUCACACCAGAAAUCUUUUUGUCACCGCGGAGAACUGAAAGGAUUCAAAAUCAAAGUUCCAAACAUUCAGAUGGCUUUUUUGUUGGAGCCCAAAGUGGACUGCAGCCCGCUGGAAGCCAGACGCUCAGUUGCUCCGCCCACUCUGUAGCUGACUCCCAAUUGCAGCAUUCUCACCUUUUUUCAUGUGUGGUGUGGAAUUGUGGGAGUUGAUCUGCAAACAUAAAAAACUUUGGAACCUUCUGGAGAUGAUUGGGUCCAGUCGGCAGACAACAAAAACAAGCUGAGCUCUUUUUUUUAAACCAAGGACUCGUCGGUCCGUCUGCCCCUCCCCCGUUCGUGCAGCAGCCCCUCCCCCCGUGUCUGUGUGCUGUCGUCUCUAAUAAGCACAUGCAGUUUGGUGCUCCUCUUAUUGUGAUUGCUUGGACUCUUUGUAUUGAUUACAACGUGAUUCUAUAGUCGCAUUUGGAGUGUUGCACGCGUUUGGGCCUCGUCCAUUCUCCUUCCAUUUCUUCGCCGUGGGUUUAGUGAAGCGUCCGGUUUCCUGCUCCUUCCUCUCUGGUCCCCCCCCCCCUCGCGCUCAGAUUUGGAAGCCUCCAUGUUUCACUCAGUGUGAUGAAUAGCCACCAGCUUCAUCCAUUAGAAGACAUCUCCCAACAUCUUUAAGCUUUUAAAUCCUGAGGAUCUCAUUGGUUAGCUGGAGUUUCACACUCAGUCUCAGUCUUCAUCCUCAUUGUACCUCUAAUGCUGCAUAUAGUGGAAUUUAAAGAUGUCUCACUCAGUUAUUGUGACUGAGAUGUUUGGGAAUGCAUGUAAAGAUUAGGGCUGCCACAAUUAGUCGACUAAUCGGCGACUAAUCGACUUGUAACCGUUCCGCUCUCCUUGGCUUGUUUACAUUAAAAGUGGGGUCAUCUGGACCCCACAUGGCAGUGCACUGAACUUUUUUUUUAUCAUUGAUUUUUGA